AUGGCUUCAGCGAACUUGGAUUCAGCGGCAGCUUUCUUGGAUAGAGCUAAGAGGAUUGGCCUCACCGAGGAGACAAUUCAGGGCCUGGUGGACAAUGGUUACACCACGUUCGGGCGCUUGGCUUUCGCUGUGUCGGCGACGCCUACAACUUUGACUGAUGAGGCUUCCUACCGGCCUACCGGCUACCAGAAGGCGAGCCUGCGCCGCCUUCUCUUCGAUGGCGUCAGCAUGGCCAUUGAGGAGGUUAAGUCACGGAACGAGCCCGGGGUGGAAGGCCAUCCAAAGAAGUUAGCAGCUGCCGAGCACAUGGACAGGCAGGCUCGCCAGGAGAGGACCCUGGGCGGCUUGGUCUUCACCCCUGAGACCCGGCCGGCGAACUCAUGCGUGGACCUUUGUGUGGAGAUGCUGGAAUCAGGCGUGCUGCAGUACCAUCCUCCUAGCAAGUGGAUCAGCCGAGCUCAGGAAGCCCAGUGCCUCAAGCGCGACAGUAGCGUCAAUCUUGCAGCUGAUCAUAGCUUGAAGGUGACUAUGAAGCCACAUGAGCUCGCGUGCGACGUGGCUUCAGAGAUGCGCCUCCGGCAAGCUUGGUGCAGGAGGUCACUGGCCUUCGACAUGGCUAAUCUCGCUUCUUUCCGUGUGCUGGAGGAGCAUGUUCAGUUCUUGUUCUCAGUUUUGCAGCGAGCUCAGCCAAAGGGAUUUGCAGGCGUUCAGUUGUCGCAGAUCAUUGAGGCAGACAAGCAGCUGUUCAUCCUUGCAAGUAAUAACUUGAUGGGCAGGUUGACAGCACCUGCGGGCACAGAUCCAGUUCUUGAUGCCGAGAUCACCCGCCUUUCACGUAGUCCCGAGAUCAUGCAAUACUUGGCCCCCUUGCCGAAUCCUCCGCCGCACCAGUUCCUGCAUGGGGGCAAGCCAGGGGACAAGGGAGGAAAGGGCGCUGGCAAGGAGAAGAAGGGGAAAGGCGCUGGCAAGACACUUGAUCUUCCCGAGGGGUGUGCAACAAAGGACGAGGCCAACCGUCCGCUGUGCUUUGCGUACAACACGCAUGGAUGCAAGAACAAGUGCAAGAACGGCAGGUGCCUCAAGGAGGAUGCGCCGGACUCUGGAGGGGUGAAUUGUGGCGCGCUGGAAACUGGGGAUCUGUCCUUAGCGGAUCCUGAGGUUUGGGCACAAACGCGUUUGAAGAAUGCUGCACAGAUCUCGGAGUCCGACCUUCAGUCGCUCUUCGGUUUGCUUCCGAAAGAUGAGGUUCGAGGAGGUUCGCGUGAGGUGCGUAGUGCUUUCGUGACUGGUUGCUAUGCCCAGGGAGGUUUUCGUGGGUUGCGCAAGGAGUGUCACACUUUUCCGUUUGCAAGCCGAAUUAUGACCCGCUUCGUCAAGGAGCGUCUUCCCGGUCAUGUGUUCUCCACUUGUGGCUUCUUUUCAAACAGUGCGACCCCUCUUCAUAAGGAUGGGCGCAACGCACCUUGGCCUAAUGCCUUGUUCCGCGUCACAGACUUCCAGGGCGGCGGAUUGUGGAUUGAGGGACCAGGUGACGACGCGCGGGUUUCCGGUCAGCUUGAGUUGAGUGGCAGCGUGCAUGAGCUUACUUCCGAGCCUUUAGUUUUUGAUGCAUGGUCAAACUACCAUCAGACUGAGCCUUGGACUGGCAAUAGGCUUGUUUUGGUGACAUGGGUCAUUCAGCAGCUCGGGGACUUUGGUGAAGCAGAGCUGGCUAGGGCGCGGGGCUUAGGAUUCCUGCUGCCACCGGAGGUUCCCUUCCCGCUUGAGACAUCACAGACACUGGCUAGGCCUCCCUGCGCCUUUGAGUUGUUUGCUGGCAAGGGUUCGUUGUCCCGUGCCUUGCGCCAGACGGGCUUUCACGUGCACAGCUUUGACCAUCACCACUGUGAUUCUUGUGUGCCUGUAGCUCAGCUUGACCUGUCCUCUGAAGUCGGGCAGAACCUUUUCUGGGAUCUGAUGAAGAAACAUCCUCCGUUCCUCGUGCAUCUUGGCUUGCCAUGUGGGACAAGCAGCAAGGCGCGAGGCAGACCUUUGCCAAAUGGAGAGAUAGGGCCGUCUCCUCUGCGCAGCCGCGAUUUCCCGCUGGGGCUGCCCAGCUUACAACCUGGCUCGGUGGACUCUUGUCGGGUUGACACUGCCAAUCGGCUCUAUGCUUUCGGCUAUAGAGUGCUGAGAUAUUGUCUUGACAACAGCAUCAUAGUUUGCAUUGAGAACCCGCGCAAUAGUUUCUUGUGGGAGAUUCUUGCGGCGUUCGAGCCGUCUGAACCCAGUCAUCGCCUCCUGCCCCGUCUUUCUGAGGUGUGCUUUGAUCAAUGCUGCCAUGGGGGCUCCAGGCCCAAGGGAACCAAGCUGCUGUGCUCCCCCGAGUGCUUUGAAUCGCUCCGUGCAUCCUGCCCGGGAAAUCACCUUCACAAGGCGUGGGGCAGGAUCGUCGAAUGCGGGAGUGUGCGUUUUGCAACCAAGGAUGAGGCUGCAUAUCCUUGUAUCCUUGCACAGAGGUAUUCUCUCUGCGUGGCCCAGCGCUGGCGGCGGGUUUUUCGUUGGUCCCCCAACCCGCCGCACGGAGUCAAGCUUUGCAGUUCGCCGGCAGACAGCACCGCAGACAUGCUCUCUUGUGUCGGAGUUCUCCCAGGUCACGUGGAUGCCUCGGCGGUCUUUUGCCCCCUUGCCUCACCUGAAGCUUCUGCGCCCGGAGGGAGCAUCCCGGAAACCUCAGCCUUUGCGUCGCUUGAGCCUGGAACUCCUAGUGGUUCGCCUUUGCAGGAUGGUUGUGAGGAUUGGGUUCAAGCGAAGAAGGUGCCGCAUCCAAUGGAUUCAGCCAAUCCUUUGGAGGCUGUGACGCUCGCGGCCUUGAGGGAGAACCUCACCAAGGACCCGAAGCUGGUGGAGUUGAAGCGUCAUGGAGGGCAAGGCCAUCCGGUGUCGCUCGGCUUCCUUGAGGGGCCGUUUUACAGCAGGGAUGAAGUUUCAUCCCGACUUGAGACAGAGGACUGGACGGUGAUACGCCGCUUCGUCAUUUUCCAGGGUGCUGAGGGCAAAGCACGCCCAAUCGACAACUGCCUCGAGGCCCAGCUUAACUCGGGGUACACAUCGAGCAUCCACUUGCGUUUGCAAGACGGUGACUACCUGGCCGCCAUGGCCCUGUUCGUUGCCCGCGAGAUCAAGGAGUGGCGCGGAAAGUGCCUUGACUUGAGCAAAGCGUAUAAACAGCUUGCAGUUCUGCCAGCCCACCGGCCUCUGGCAGUCAUAGCCGUGCGGCAAGAGGAUGGGCGCGACGCCCUGUACUUGUCAAACAGCUUGCUUUUUGGCAGUACCGCAGCAGUAUAUGCCUUUAACCGGGUGAGCCGUUGCUUGUGGUUCUUGAUCAAUCGACUGCUCUGGAUUCCUUCCGGGGUGUACUUCGACGACUACCCCCUGUUAUGUCCAGCGGCCACGGCCGAGGGUGCGGACUCGGUUGUGAGCGACUUUUUGGAUUGCCUGGGGUGGCGUCACGCCAAGACGGGUGUGAAGGGUCGUGCCUUUGCUCCAAGCUUUGACGUCUUGGGGAUGACCUUGGGCCUGGACAGGGUAGCCCAAGGAGAGGUGAGCCUUGCCAACAAGCAGGGUCGCAUCGAGCGCAUUGUAGCCCAGCUUCAGGAGGACGAGACCCCGCGCAUUUUGAGGUGCUUCAUGACAACCGAUGUCCUCCACCUUUGGACGGAUGGCUCAUGGGAGUCAGGGGUGGCGGGAGUUGGGCUUGCCGCUCACGACUGCUUCUCCGGGACAGGUUGGGUCUUAGAGGGCCGUGUCCCGUCAAGGGUGCUUGAGCUGUGGAAGUCCGAGAUCGGCGGGGAUCAGUUGAUUUGCGAAAUCGAAAUGUUCGCGAUUCUUGCAUCCAUGAUGGAAUUGAGUUCCAUCCUGGAGUCCCGUAGAGUAGUGUGGUGGGUGGACAACAACGCCACCCGCAGCCUCGUGAUAAAGGGGGCCAGCAGAAGCUGGGCCAUGCAUUCUCUUGCCCGAAUCUUCUCCCAGUUGGACCAGGAGCACCCAUCCAUGUGGUGGGUAUCACGAGUGCCUUCCUUUUCGAACCCAGGUGAUGCGCCAUCGCGAGGUCACGGCAUCGAGGUCGUGACGAUGGUGGGAGCAUCUGAAGUCCAACCCUUCACCCGCUUGGAGGAGCUGGCGAAGAGGAUCCUUGAGCUCAAGCGAGCCUGA